UUCCACAUUCCUGCCCCGCCGGGCCUGCCCCGCGCAGUCUGGGUCUCUGCGCCGCAGCCGCCCGCCCGCCCGCUCAGCGCCCGGCCCCGGGAUGACGGCGGCCCAGGCCGCGGGUGAGGAGGCGCCACCAGGCGUGCGGUCCGUCAAGGUGGUCCUGGUGGGCGACGGCGGCUGCGGGAAGACGUCGCUGCUGAUGGUCUUCGCCGAUGGGGCCUUCCCCGAGUGGUACCCAGAAGUGAAUCAUUUCUGCAAGAAGGUACCCAUCAUCGUCGUGGGCUGCAAGACUGACCUGCGCAAGGACAAAUCACUGGUGAACAAGCUCCGAAGAAACGGAUUGGAGCCUGUGACCUACCACAGGGGCCAGGAGAUGGCGAGGUCCGUGGGCGCGGUGGCCUACCUCGAGUGCUCGGCUCGGCUCCAUGACAACGUCCACGCCGUCUUCCAGGAGGCUGCCGAGGUGGCCCUCAGCAGCCGCGGUCGCAACUUCUGGCGGCGGAUUACCCAGGGCUUUUGCGUGGUGACCUGAGUGGCUCGGGGCGUCCCAGCGACGCGGGAAGGGGCAGGGCGCUGACCUGCUGCUGAGCUGGCUGGGCUGGGCUGGACCCGGUCCCUAGGCUGUGACCGCCUAACGGCAUCGCAACAGACGGGCGCCACCAAAGCCAGGCCCUGAGGCCUGGGAGUCCUGGACUGAGAAAGGGGGUUCCUGGGCCCACCUGCUCUGUGUAGGGCUCGUCCUGCGGUGCCCGAGAAUCACUCGCUAACCCCUAUGCCCGGUCCUGGACCGACAUCCUGGAGCCGCCUGUGCAGCCUGAUGCCCCCUCGUGGCUGCUCCCAGGGCUGCACCUGCCAGGACCUAAUGUUCUUAGGUCCCUCUGGCCAGAACCCACACCCGGCCCCUUCCCACCUGUCAUACUGGUAACUGUAACAAGGAAAACGACAUCACUUUUCAUUGUGUCGUGCCUCUUUUUUCUGUUUUCUUUUUUUUGAGACGGAGUCUCGUUCUGUCGCCCAGGCUGGAGUGCAGUGGCGCAUUUCAGCUCACUGCAACCUGUGCCUCCUGGGUUCAAGCGAUUCUCCUGCCUCAGCCUCCUGAGUAGCUGGGAUUACAGGCGCGCGCCACCACACCUGGAUAAUUUUUGUAUUUUCUUUAGUAGAGACGGGGUUUCACCGUGUUGGUCAGGCUGGUCUGGAACUCCUGACCUCAUGAUCCACCCGCCUCGGCCUCCCAAAGUGCUGGGAUUACAGCCGUGAGCCACCGCACCCAGCCUAUGCCUCUUGUUUCAAGGUGGCUUUACACACACGUUCCAAGGUAGGUAAAAGCCCACCCCAUCUAGGCACUGGGAUGGGACUGCUUGGAUCCAAACCAGCUUUAUUGCUUCCACGACCUUGGGCAAGUUCUUCUGGGCCUCAGCUUCCUCACCUGUGAAAUGGAUCACAGACUAAGCCAUGGAACUUUCGGAUGAGUAAGAGGGUCAUGAGGACCAACACAUGCAAAGAGCUUAGUAGAUGCCUAGCACGCAGUAAGUGCUCACAAAAGGUUUGGCCAGGGCCGAGCACAGUGACUCAUGCCUGUAAUCCCAGCACUUUGGGAGGCCGACGUGGGCAGAUCAUGAGGUCAGGAGUUUGAGACCAGCCUGACCAACAUGGUGAAACCCCCGUCUCUACUAAAAAUACAAAAAUUAGCCAGGCGUGGUGGCCCACACCUGUAAUCCCAGCUACUCCAGAGGCUGAGGCAGGAGAAUAGGUUGCAGUGAGCCGAGAUCACACCACUGCACUCCAGCCCAGGCAACACAACGAGACUCCUUCUCAAAAAAAAAAAGGUGUAGCCAGGUGCUGUGGCACACCUGUCCCAGCUACGAUUGCACCAGUGCACUCCAGCUUGGGCUACAAAGCAGAAAAAAAAAAAAAAGAAAAAAAAGUGGUCGGGUGUGUUGGCUUACGCCUGUAAUUCCAACACUUUGGGAGGCUGAGGCGGAUGGAUCACCUGAGGUCAGGAGUUGGAGACCAGCCUGAUGGUCACAUGGUGAAACCCGGUCUCUACUAAAAAUAUAAAAAUUAGUUGGAUGUGGUGGUACGUCCCUGUAAACCCAGCUACUUGGGAGGCUGAGGCUGGAGAAUCACUUGAAUCCGGGAAGUGGAAGUUGCAGUGAGCUGAGAUCACGCCACUGCACUCCAGCCUGGGUGACAGAGCGAGACUCUGUCAAAAAAAAAAAAAAAGGAUCUUGACUUCUGACUUCAGAGCAGUUGAGGCUUGUGCAAGAAGAAAAAUCUGCAAGAAGUCUGCAUAAAAAGCAUAACAGCAAAAAACCCAUCAAGGGCUCCAGGAACACAGGGAAGUUACAGAGGAGAGCUGUCUGAGCUAGGUUAAGCUCACUAGGCUUAAAGAGAAUAGGGAAGAAUAUUCUGGGUGCAGGGUAUGCUUAGGGGAAGAGCAAUCAGGCUGGAAAUGGAGGCUGGGAAAAGUUGUUUCCCAUCCCUGAGCAGGUGAGAUUAAAAGUUCAGUGGGGCCUGGUGUGGUGGCUCGCGCCUGUAAUCCCAGCACUUUGGGAGGCUGAGAAGGGUAGAUCACCUGAGGUCAGGAGUUUGAGACCAGCCUGGACAACAUGGUGAAACCCCAUCUCUACUAAAAAUACAAAAAAAUUAGCUGGGCAUGGUGGUGGGCACCUGUAAACCCAGCUACUCAGGAGGCUGAGGAAGGAGAAUCACUUGAACCCGGGAGGCGGAGGUUGCAGUAAGCCGAGAUCACGCCACUGCACUCCAGCCUGGGCAACAAGAGCAAAACUCUGUCUCAAAAAAGAACCAUAACAAUCAAUUAAUAAAUAAUAAUAAUUUAAAAAUAAAAUAUAUAAAUAAUAAAAAUUUAAAAAAAAGAAACCUCACAGUGGGGACUGGAAUCUAGGUAGGGUUUUCCACGUUGGCCCCUAACACUGUUUCACUUGCGGCAGCUCGGCCCUGUAAUCUGAGCUGUGAGGCCCCACGUUGCUGAAGCAGUCCCCCACCUGGAGCUGUUUCUGAUGAAACUUCCGGGACAGGUGUCAGCAGCUGGUUCUCAUUAAGGAUCAUGUGUAUCAGCGCAAAAGAAAUGGUCCAGUUCGGCUGGGCGCGGUGGCUCACACCUGUAAUCCCAACACUUUGGGAGGCCAAGGCAGGUGGUAUUGCUUGAGGCCAGGAGUUCAAGACCAGCCUGGCUAACAUAGUGAAACCCCGUCUCUAUAAAAAACACAAAAAUUAGCCAGGUGUGGUAGCACGCACCUGUAGCCCCAGCUACUCAGAAGGCUGAGGCAGGAGAGUUGUUUGAACCUGCGACGCAGUGGUUGCAGUGAGCUGAGAACACACCACUACCCUCCAGCCUGGAUGACAGAGUGAGACUCCGUCUCAAAAAAAAGAAAAUACAUGUUUGGUUUUGGAACUUCCCAAGAGCUUUAAUUAGGCUCACAGUAGAGUUGGAGAAUAUUUGGGUUUGAGUCCAGAGCACAUGGCCAUAGAGUAGCUUAGUGCAGCUUUGGCUGCUGGUUCAUGGUUUGGUUCAGAUCGAGCCUCCGAGCAUAAGAAAGUUACUCAUUCAGGCCAGAAAUGAAGCUGUGGUCGGGGAGUCAUAAGUGCCCUGCUCACCUUGUGGCUUGGCCAGAUGGGUAGACAGUGGGGGUGCUCAAACUGCAUCUGAUUCAGGACACCCCAAGAUCUCUCUUAGGAAUGACCUCCCCCUCAAGCCCCAGCAGGAUUCUUUUUUUUUUUUUUUUUUU